AUGAAGUUCUCCAACCUCGCUGUUGUCGCCUUGGCGCGGCUGUCCAGGCCACCCCGAGCCCAGCAAGACAUCAUCAACCAAGUGAGCACCUUUGUCGAUGGUGCCGUCUCGCGCGCCGAGACGUUUGUCAACGGCGCUGCCUCUACCGUCGCCAACGCCUACUCGGACGGCCGCUCCGCCGGCACCAAGCUCGUCGGUGACGCCUCCAGCUUCGUCGCCACCCGCACCGCCCAGCUCGGCUCCGACAUUGCCCGCGCCAGCAGUGAGGCCCUCGCCAAGGCCUCGAGCAUCAGCCAGCGCCUUGCCACCGAGACCGACGUCUCGGUCCGCAGCAGCAUCAGCGCAGAGCUCAGCAAGGUUACCGAGAGCGUCGCGAGGGCCACUAGCAGCGUCGCCAGCCGCGCCACCGACAGCCCCGGAGCCGGUGCACACGGUCCCGGGCCCACGGCCGCCGUCGCCAUGGGUGCCCUCAUGGGUGGCGCGGCCAUGUUUGCCAACUUUGACAUGCCUGCACGGAGGACUCCAACCAACUCGACCAACCAGGUGCCAUGGUCAGGUUGGGUUGGGAAUGAAGUGGCGAGGCCUAGCAAGAACCAUAUGUGA